GUCAGUUGUCAGUCUUUUCUCUGUCUCUGUUUUCUAUCUCGUUUUCUCUUCUCAUCUCAUCUUAUACCGAUUCCGAAUCAGAGGAUUAUAGUGAAUUGGUGGUUACUGAUUAGAUUACUGAUAAUUCUUAAAAUUGAAAAUAAAAAAAUAAAGUCUUAGCAUACUAUGUGCUGUACUAGUAUUGAUCAUUACAAGUGAUAUUUUUAUUUAGUUAUAUUAUCUAAUCUUAUCUACUGUGCAUCAAUUCAUACCUUUGAUUCAUACCAGUGUGCUAGAUAUCUCCACUCUUCAGUACUCCCAAGGUUCAAACCUACACAAAUUUGAUUCAGGCCAUUUCCAAUAGACUUAACAAAAUCAUUAAUAUUCUUUUGUAAAUAUGAGGGAAAUUGUACAUGUUCAGGUUGGACAAUGUGGAAACCAAAUUGGAUGCAAAUUCUGGGAGGUAAUAUCAGACGAACAUGGAAUCAACCCAGUGGGCGAAUAUGAAGGUGAUUCCGAUAUACAACUCCAGAGAAUCAACGUAUAUUACAAUGAAGCAUCUGGAGGACACUAUGUACCACGAGCAAUCUUGGUGGACUUGGAACCUGGUACCAUGGAUUCUGCCAGAUCAGGCCCAUACGGAAGACUCUUCAGGCCUGAUAACUUCGUUUUCGGUCAAUCAGGAGCCGGUAAUAAUUGGGCUAAAGGCCAUUAUACUGAGGGAGCUGAAUUGGUCGAUUCAGUAUUAGAUGUCGUGAGGAAAGAAUCAGAGUCUUGUGAUUGCCUGCAAGGAUUCCAACUUGCCCACUCUCUCGGUGGAGGCACCGGUUCUGGUAUGGGCACUCUACUUAUUGCGAAAAUCCGUGAAGAAUAUCCAGAUAGGAUGAUGAAUACUUACUCUGUUGUCCCUUCUCCAAAAGUAUCAGAAACUGUCGUUGAACCGUAUAACGCUACCUUAUCGGUACACCAACUGAUCGAAAACACAGACGAGACCUUUUGUAUCGAUAAUGAAGCUUUAUAUGACAUUUGCAUGAGAACACUCAAGCUAACUUCGCCCACAUACGGGGACCUGAACCACUUAGUGUCUUUAACUAUGUCAGGUGUUACUACUUGUCUUAGGUUCCCUGGACAAUUGAACGCAGAUCUCCGUAAACUUGCUGUGAACAUGGUGCCGUUUCCUCGUCUACAUUUCUUCAUUACCGGUUUCGUUCCUCUUACUCCACGACAGUCACAGAAAUACAGAGCUCUUACCGUUCCAGAGCUCACUACGCAAAUGUUUGACCCCAAAAAUAUGAUGGCUGCUUGCGACCCUAGAAACGGAAAGUAUCUCACAGCGGCUGCCAUGUUCAGGGGCCAAAUGUCUAUGAAGGUAGUGGAAGAACAGAUGCUCACUGUGCAGAAUAAAAAUAGCAGUUAUUUCGUGGAAUGGAUUCCCAACAACAUCAAAACCGCAGUUUGCGAUAUCCCACCGAGAGGUCUCAAAAUGGCUGCUACGUUCAUAGGUAAUUCGACAGCUAUUCAAGAACUGUUUGCUCGUAUAUCGGAACAAUUCACGGCGAUGUUCAGGAGGAAAGCUUUCAUUCAUUGGUAUACUGGCGAAGGUAUGGAUGAAUUGGAAUUCACCGAGGCCGAAUCUAACAUGAAUGACCUUAUUUCCGAAUACCAGCAAUAUCAAGAUGCUGGUUAUGAUGAAGAAGAGGAAUUCGAUGAAGAUGGAGGAGACACAAUCAUCGAAGAAAAUUGAUGAACGUUUUCAGUGUCAAACCUUUUUCUAUUUAUGUAAAUAAAAAUGUGUUC